GUCGACUGGGAGAAGAGCUACAAGGGCCUGGCGACGAGUCCCGUCACGCAAGAGCAGUUCAUCGUUCUGGCGAGACCGACCGAGGUCGAAGACAUCGAGGUCAAGCCUGACGGCAUCAUCUACAUGCCCGAGAUCAAGUACCGCCGCAGGCUGAACGAGGUGUUUGGGCCCAUGGGAUGGGGCAUUGUUCCUCGAGGCGAAACCGUGGUUGGGAAGGAGAUUGUGACGCGCGAGUACGCCCUCAUCGUUAAUGGAUGCUUCGUCUCACAAGCCAUGGGCGUCAACAACUACUUCAGCACCGAGAGCAUCCCGCAAGCCGUCGAGGGCGCCAAGUCCAACGCCCUCAUGCGAUGCUGCAAGGACCUGGGCAUAGCAUCGGAGCUUUGGGAUCCUUUAUUCAUCCGCUGGUUCACCAAGACGCACGUCACCACCCACUGGGCCGAGCACACGAUUACCAAGAAGAAGCGCCGCUGGUCCUUCAAGAAGGGUGAACCGGCCGAGGUGCCGUACCCGUAUAAGAUCACGUCUCAGGUCACAUGA